AUGGAUCAAAAUAGACACUGGGUCCAUACUUGGACCGCGAUGCCCAUGCCCACCGAACCAGACAAUCUUCCCCCGAAAAAAUUUGUAAUAUUGAUCAAAGUCUCCAAGACUCGAAACACGACAAUUUUUCCCAAUACAACAAUCCGACAAACCGUUAAAAUCACGCUCGGCACCGAAAAUUUCUUUCGUCUGCGCUUAUCCAACGCGUUUGGCACCGAUUAUCUGACUCUUUCCCAAAUUACCAUGGCCCUGGCACAUGAUAACAUAUCUGGAAGUAGCAGAAUCAAAGCUAAUACGCUGCGAAACGUUACCUUUGACGAUGGGCUGGAAACGACGAAUAUUGUGUGCGGGGCGCAAGCGGUCUCUGAUCCUAUUAGUUUCGGGUUCCCCUUAUCGCCGAAUACAGUGCUCUGCAUUAGUAUCUUUUUAAAGGAUGGGCAAGACAGCCAAACGGGAAUUACUUCGCACCCAGGCAGCCGGACGUCAUCAUUUUGCAGUCUGGGCAAUUGCGCUUCUGAAACUGAUUUGAUCGAUCCUUCUGUUCAGGAGAUUGAGCAUUGGUUUUACAUCUCUGGGAUUGAAGUUUUGGUUCCGCGCGAAUGGGGCGCAUUCGCUAUUAUUGGCGAUAGCAUCACGGAUGGGAGAUGCAGUACAACCAAUGGGAACGACCGUUGGCCUGAUCUUCUAUUUUCCCGUCUACAGUCCAAUCCAGUCACUGCAUUCAUCUCUAUACUCAACCAAGCAGCGGGUGGCAACCGUAUCCUAGCAGACGGACUAGGUCCCAACCUUCUCAGCCGUCUCGAUCGUGACGUCCUUUCUCUCUCUGGUGUGAAAUAUGUUUUAAUAUUCGAAGGCGUGAAUGAUAUUGGAACCGCCGAAGCCAAUGAAGAAAGCCAGAAAGUCAUUGGUGAUCGGAUGAUUGCCGGAUAUAAACAGGUCGUGACGAGAGUACAUGCACAUGGAAUUUCUAUAUUUGCUGCGACUAUCACGCCCUUUGAACGGAGGAAAGGGGAAGUCGUGGCUGAUGCGGAAGCUGAGGGACUUUCGAGGUAUUCGCAUCCGAUUCGGGCCCGGACGAGACAACGGGUCAACAAAUGGAUUCAUGAGAGUGGUGUGUUCGACGCUGUCAUUGAUUUCAAUGAAGUCCUUGAGGAUAACGAUGAGAACGGGCUGUUGAAGAGAGAGUUUGAUUCGGGGGAUCGUUUGCAUCCUAAUACGCAAGCCUUUAAGGAGAUGGCGGAUUUUUUCCCAUUAGAUGUUUUUGAGAGGGUUUUAUUCUUUUAA